CAAUCAAUAACGUGAUCUGGCCAGAGAAUCACGAAACAGUUAAUAGUUUAUUUUUCAUCAUCGAGUACGGUGGUUGUAUCGUGCUUAGUAAGUGCACCAACAAAAAUAAAUUAAGAUGCCGAAAAAGCUUAAAGUUGUUGUAAAGUCGCUGUACUCACAUGAGAUUAGAAAAGAUGUAAGUUUAGAAAAAUUGAAGUCACUGAAACUUGAGGACGCCUGGCCUUUUAUUAGAGAUGAAAUAGAAGUUGAAAUUGGAAGCAGUCAGCUUGUUUGCAUCCCCCACAUCACAGAGGCAGAACUGUACAAUGUUACAUCUCUUUUUGUACCAAAUGAAAAGGAAAAGAAUGGAAAAAUGUUCACGCCACUUGGUGAACUAAAGAACAAUAUAAAUAGGGAGAAAUCUAAUUCGGAGUACGUAGAGUUACUUGAUCAGGGAAAUUUACAAGAUCCCGAUUUUAAAUUUCCUCACGAAAGUGUCAAGAUAACACUCCAAGAUGAAGCUUUGAAAAAUAAAGUUAGAGUUAUAAUGAUCAAUUUUACAAAGUGCACAAUACCCAAAGGCAAAGACUUUGUUAAUAAUAUCUACCUGGAUGUAGAUAAUAAUAAAGAGUUGAAAGACAUCAAGUCAGUGUACAUGAUAUCGAGCGUCUUGAUGGCUAAGACCAUAGAGUUUCGAGUCAACCGUGGCACUUCUUCAAGGAUUUUCCACCUCGGUAAUGCAUCACCACUCGUAUUUGCUCUGGAUGAAUAUCUAGUUGGCCCCGAUGGGAAGCUUCUUGCAAAGGAACCGGUAACUAUCAAGUCUAAAUACUUGCACUGGCAAAAGCUGGACCCAUCCGAUCAUCUCUACAUCGCUGACAAACAGGAAGCUGCAUGCGUGCAGUAAUCAAAAAUAUUUUUUAUAUAGCGCCUUUAUUGGUACUUAAUUUGCAAACAUAUAUUAUGAAUAGUGAUGUGUUGGAUCGAUAAGUGUAUCUUUAACCUGAAAGAACUAUUCAAGGUCAAAAUCCAUGAACGCGGUUCUCUACUUUGUUCGUGUCUUUAAAACUUUUGUUUUGUCUUGCAUAACCGCAACUUCUUUUUCUUUGACACCAAACUAGCACUCAUGGAGAAUUCCAUUAAGAAAAUUAAAAAAUUUAAAGAAUUGUCUAUGAAUAUCGAUAUCUCAGUGUCAUCUUUAUAUGGGAUAUAUGGCACAGCACUAAAAAGAUAUAAUGAUCUCCAAGCAAGAAUUGAUCCGCAAAAAAAUACAUAAGAAGCACCGAAAACUUCUUUAAAAAUAAGAGAAAGUUCAGAGUGCAAAAUGGAACUUCGUGCGUACAUAGAUGUGUAUUUAAAUAAAAAAAAACACUACCCAAAAAUGCACGUCUCGCACAUCGGUUCCAUGGUGUAAUGGUUAGCACUCUGGACUUUGAAUCCAGCGAUCCGAGUUCAAAUCUCGGUGGAACCUGAAUCUUUUGUUCAUGUUUUUUUUUUUUUGUAUUAUUUUCAUGAAACGGUAUUCUAUUAUUUUUUAUAAUUAUACAAGCAUAAGUUUCUUGCAUUUUUGCAUCAUAAAGUAUAAUCUAAUUUUAUAGAGAUCACAUUAAUUUUAAGGUUUAAUGUAGAAUAGGAAAUGUAGUAUUUGGCCUAGCCAUGACAUCAGCUAACUGUUUAUUUAUAAUUAGAUAUGUACCAUUUAAAUUUUAAAUAUUAUUGGCAUUUUUAUAAACAUAUACAAUUUUUGAUCAUGUACACUAUUUAAUAGCAAACCUUUUUCUUUUUGGCAACAAGCAAACAUUCCAUUCAAAUUCUAACCCAAUCAACCCAUUGUCCUGUGAUUUUAAAUUUUAAUGCUUAUUAUGUGAUUAGAGCGAUCAAGAUGUGAUUGAUGUACUUAAUUUAUAGUGUUUAUUGUAGCUGUAAUUGACAUUUUAAUUUAAAUAAAUUGUAUGACAAAUAA